CAAAGCAUUUAAACAAGAGGUGGAGCACUCUUAUCGGUAUCAUACUAAUUUCCUGCCUCCCUCCUUUUGCAAUUAAAACUUCCACCAAAAAAAAAACCCCUCCCUUCUUAGUCUUCUUUCUCUUCUCCGUCCGGUGGCCGCCGUCUCUCUCUCUCUCUCUCUCUCUCUCUCUCUCUAUAACUUUUUCCCUGUAGGUUUAUACUUCAUCCUUCCUCUUCUCAAUCGUUUCCUUGGUUAAAAAGACUACUGCAUUUGAUUACCUUCUCCAGUACUCACCCAUGGCGGAUCAGCUAACCGAUGACCAGAUCUCUGAGUUCAAGGAGGCCUUCAGUUUGUUUGACAAGGACGGCGACGGUUGUAUCACAACCAAGGAGCUUGGUACUGUCAUGAGAUCGUUAGGUCAGAAUCCAACGGAGGCGGAGCUUCAGGACAUGAUCAAUGAGGUGGAUGCUGAUGGAAAUGGAACAAUCGACUUUCCAGAGUUCCUAAACCUCAUGGCGAGGAAGAUGAAGGAUACGGACUCAGAGGAAGAGUUGAAAGAAGCAUUCCGUGUGUUCGAUAAGGAUCAGAAUGGCUUCAUCUCCGCUGCUGAGCUUCGCCAUGUGAUGACAAAUCUUGGCGAGAAACUGACAGAGGAGGAGGUGGAUGAGAUGAUCAGAGAAGCUGAUGUGGAUGGCGAUGGGCAGAUUAACUACGAUGAAUUUGUGAAGGUCAUGAUGGCCAAGUGAGCUUCAUCAUCCUCCUUCUUCUACUAUCUCACCAAGAACACUCAAUCAUAAUAAUCUUACUCAAAAUCCAAAAAGAAAAAAAAAAAGAAAAAAAAAUAGGGAUGAUUGUUGACUUUUAUUAUAUAAUUGGAUCAUCCGGUUUGUGGGUUAGUCUUUUGAUUGCUUUCAUCCAUCAAUCUUGAGUUUAAAUCAAAAUCAAUGUUAGGGAAAUUAGUUGUUCGUUUUGUGUUUGUGACGUUUUGAAUUUGAAUAUGUAUUAUCAUCAUCGUUAUCAAUCAUGUGAUAAAAGAAAAAGUGUCUUUGCUGUC